GAGUGAACCUGCGUGCGCGGGCACGCGCUGUGUGGACUGGGCGGGCCCAGCGGUGUUUGAGCGGUCCGCGGUCCUGAGGCAGAGACCAGGAGGUAGCUAGCGGGAGCAGGCGGCUUUCUCCACUUAGGGAAGGGUGUGAAAGGGGUGUGUGGGGGUCGGCAGCGAGAGGAGUGUGCCAGCAGCCACCGACGACGAUCUGGGACAGUCGCUGCAGCAUUCCGAGCGGCGUCCGCUUCCCGCCCGGGCAGCUCCUGCCGGAGGGGUGAAGCGGCGGCAGGAGUGGCCGUGCUUUUGUGUCCUGGGUCCGGGUACCCUCCCUGGUGCGGCCCGAGACAAGCCCACCGAAGUGACCACCCCUCGACGCCGCUCGGAGAUCCCGGGCAUCCCCCCUGCGCCCCGAGCAGCUGAUUGAUACCCAGGGGAGGCACCUGAGGUGUCAGGACCUGCCCGGGGCGCUGGGUCGCCAGAAGCCAGGCGGGAGUCCGGGCUGCUUUCUGGCAAUCGAUUCUCAUCUGUGACCCUCCCCGGGCUGCUUUCUAUCGAUUCUCAUCUGUGACCCUCCCCCGGCUGCUCUUCCCAGCCCUACUCCGGUGCAAAGGCUUGGUUCAUGCUCAACAGCGAGGAGAGAAAAAAACCUGAGGGACAAUGGAUGCAAAGGCCCGAAACUGUUUGCUUCAACAUAGAGAAGCUCUGGAAAAGGACAUCAAAACAUCCUACAUCAUGGAUCACAUGAUCAGUAAUGGCGUCUUAACAGUAGUAGAGGAGGAAAAGGUCAAAAGUCAGGCCACUCAAUAUCAACGAGCUGCUGCUCUAAUUAAAAUGAUACUUAAUAAAGACAACUGUGCCUACAUUUCAUUCUACAACGCUCUGCUCCACGAGGGCUAUAAAGACCUUGCUGCGCUUCUGCAUAGUGGCCUUCCUCUUGUGUCUUCUUCCGGUGGCAAGGACACAGACGGCGGAAUAACUUCACUUGUAAGGACGGUGCUGUGUGAAGGUGGAGUACCACAGAGGCCAGUUAUUUUUGUUACAAGAAAGAAGCUGGUCAAUGCGAUUCAGCAGAAGCUCUGGAAAUUGAAUGGAGAACCAGGGUGGGUUACCAUAUAUGGAAUGGCAGGCUGUGGCAAGUCUGUGUUAGCUGCGGAGGCUGUUCGAGAUCAUUCCCUCUUAGAAGGUUGUUUUUCAGGGGGUGUCCACUGGGUUUCCAUUGGAAAACAAGACAAAUCUGGGCUUCUCAUGAAACUGCAGAAUCUGUGCUCGCGGCUGGACCAGGAAGAGAAUUUCUCUCAGAGGCUUCCACUUAAUAUUGAGGAGGCCAAAGACCGUCUCCGUGUUCUGAUGCUGCGCAAACACCCAAGGUCUCUGUUGAUCUUGGAUGAUGUUUGGGAUCCUUGGGUGUUAAAAGCUUUUGACAAUCAGUGUCAGAUUCUUCUUACAACCAGAGAUAAGAGUGUUACAGAUUCAGUAAUGGGUCCUAAGCAUGUUGUCCCUGUGGAGAGUGGUCUAGGGAAAGAGAAAGGACUUGAGAUUUUGUCUCUUUUUGUUAACAUGAAGAAAGAAGAUCUGCCAGUGGAGGCUCACAGUAUUAUAAAGGAAUGCAAAGGUUCUCCUCUUGUCGUGUCUUUAAUUGGUGCACUUUUACGUGAUUUUCCCAAUCGCUGGGAAUACUACCUCAGACAGCUUCAGAAUAAGCAGUUUAAGAGAAUAAGGAAAUCUUCAUCUUAUGAUUACGAGGCUCUGGAUGAAGCCAUGUCUAUAAGUGUUGAAAUGCUCAGAGAAGACAUAAAAGACUAUUACACAGAUCUUUCCAUCCUUCAGAAGGAUGUCAAGGUACCUACAAAGGUGUUAUGCGUUCUCUGGGACUUGGAAACUGAAGAAGUUGAAGACAUCCUGCAGGAGUUCGUUAAUAAGUCUCUCUUAUUCUGUAAUCGGAAUGGAAAGUCAUUUUGUUAUUAUUUACAUGAUCUUCAAGUAGAUUUUCUCACAGAGAAGAAUCGAAGUCAGCUUCAGGAUCUGCACAGGAAGAUGGUCACUCAGUUUCAGAGGUAUUACCAGCCACAUACGCUCUCCCCAGACCAGGAGGACUGCAUGUAUUGGUACAACUUCCUGGCCUAUCACAUGGCCAGUGCCAAUAUGCACAAAGAACUUUGUGCUUUAAUGUUUUCCCUGGACUGGAUUAAAGCAAAAACAGAACUUGUCGGCCCUGCCCAUCUGAUUCAUGAGUUCGUGGCAUAUAGGCAUAUAUUGGAUGAAAAGGACUGUGCAGUCUGUGAGAAUUUUCAAGAGUUUUUAUCUUUAAAUGGACACCUUCUUGGACGACAGCCAUUUCCUAAUAUUGUACAGCUGGGUCUCUGUGAACCAGAGACUUCCCAAGUUUAUCAACAAGCAAAGCUGCAGGCCAAGCAGGAGGUGGAUACUGGGCGCCUUUACCUGGAAUGGAUAAACAAGAAAACGAUCAAGAAUCUGUCCCGCUUAGUUGUCCGUCCCCAUACGGAUGCUGUUUACCAUGCAUGUUUUUCUCAGGAUGGUCAGAGAAUAGCUUCUUGUGGAGCUGAUAAAACCUUACAGGUGUUCAAAGCCGAGACAGGAGAGAAGCUUCUUGACAUCAAAGCUCAUGAAGAUGAGGUGCUUUGCUGUGCAUUCUCCUCAGAUGACAGUUACAUAGCAACCUGCUCAGUGGAUAAGAAAGUUAAGAUUUGGGAUUCUGCGACUGGGAAGCUAGUGCACACCUACGAUGAGCACUCAGAGCAAGUCAAUUGCUGCCAUUUCACCAACAAGAAUAACCACCUUCUCUUGGCCACCGGGUCAAAUGACUUCUUCCUCAAGCUCUGGGAUUUGAAUCAAAAAGAAUGUCGAAAUACCAUGUUUGGCCACACAAACUCUGUCAAUCACUGUAGGUUCUCACCAGACGAUGAGCUCUUGGCUAGCUGUUCAGCUGAUGGGACUUUAAAGCUUUGGGAUGUGAAAUCAGCGAACGAGAGGAAAAGCAUUAAUGUGAAGCGCUUCUUCCUGAAUUCAGAAGACCCUCCUGAGGAUGUGGAGGUGAUAGUGAAAUGCUGUUCCUGGUCUGCAGAUGGUGACAAAAUAAUAGUGGCAGCAAAAAACAAAGUCCUCCUUUUUGAUAUUCAUACUAGUGGUCUAUUGGCAGAGAUCCACACAGGCCACCACAGCACCAUCCAAUACUGUGACUUCUCCCCCUAUGACCAUUUGGCCGUGAUUGCCCUGUCUCAGUACUGUGUGGAGUUGUGGAACAUAGACUCCCGCAUAAAGGUGGCUGACUGCAGAGGACAUUUGAGUUGGGUUCAUGGUGUGAUGUUUUCUCCUGAUGGCUCGUCGUUUUUAACAGCUUCUGAUGACCAAACAAUAAGGGUCUGGGAGACAAAAAAGGUAUGCAAGAACUCUGCCAUCGUGCUAAAGCAGGAAAUAGAUGUUGUGUUUCAGGAAAAUGAAAUGAUGGUUCUUGCAGUUGACAACAUAAGAGGCCUGCAACUCAUUGCUGGAAAAACAGGCCAGAUUGAUUACCUGCCUGAAGCCCAAGUGAGUUGCUGCUGCCUCAGUCCACACCUUGAGUAUGUGGCAUUCGGAGAUGAAGAUGGAGCCAUUCAGAUUAUAGAACUUCCAAACAACAGAGUUUUCAGUUCUGGGAUUCGACACAAGAAAGCUGUACGGCACAUCCAGUUCACAGCUGAUGGGAAGACAUUGAUUUCAAGUUCUGAAGAUUCUGUGAUUCAGGUAUGGAAUUGGCAGGCAGAGGACUGUGUACUUUUGCAAGCCCAUCAGGAAACAGUAAAGGACUUCAGGCUCUUGAAAGAUUCAAGAUUGCUUUCUUGGUCAUUUGAUGGAACCGUGAAGGUAUGGAAUGUCAUUACCAGAAGAAUAGAAAGAGACUUUACUUGUCAUCAGGGCACAGUGCUUUCCUGUGCUGUCUCUUCUGAUGCCACCAAGUUUUCCUCUACCUCUGCUGAUAAGACUGCCAAGAUCUGGAGUUUUGAACUCCUUUCCCCUCUUCAUGAGCUGAAGGGCCAUAAUGGCUGUGUCCGCUGCUCCGCCUUCUCGCUGGAUGGCAUCCUGUUGGCAACUGGAGAUGACAAUGGAGAAAUCAGGAUAUGGAAUGUCUCAGAUGGCCAACUUCUUCAUUUGUGUGCUCCGAUUUCAGUAGAAGAAGGAACCGCUACCCAUGGAGGCUGGGUGACUGAUGUUUGCUUCUCUCCUGACAGUAAAAUGCUUGUCUCUGCUGGAGGAUAUCUUAAGUGGUGGAGUGUUGCCACUGGGGAAUCCUCACAGACCUUCUACACAAACGGGACAAACCUCAAAAAAAUACAUGUGUCCCCUGACUUCAGGACCUACGUGACUGUUGAUAAUCUUGGUAUUUUAUAUAUUUUACAGGUUUUAGAGUAAAAUGGCUAAGCGGUAAUGUAGUUCAGCUCCUUAAGUUUGAAUUGGAAAAAAAAAUUGAAACUCUGUACAUCAACUGUUUAUAAAGCUGUGAAUUGUACUGCAGUAUUGCAAACAUUACAAAAGUGUUUACAGCUGGAUCAAUGUGUAUAGCUGGAUGAAUCAUAGUAUAUCUCCACAAAUGAACACACUUUUACUCUAUUUUUUUUAAAUAUAGUCAUCAUUGUUAUUAAGUUUGUCCUUAACAUGCAAAUGAAAUGUAAAUAUGUACCUUGAUGCAUUCAAAUUGGUUGGCAAAAUUUAGUGAGAAUCGUUUGAAGGAAUUCCAUAGGUCGAUGCUGUCAUUAUGCAGGCUAUGUGGAAAGGUAAUGGUGGUCAGGAUUUCUGAACCACAAUGGUUUUCCAAAUAAAUCAUGUUGCUUAUUUGCACUCUGCUAAGCUCUCUCCUCCAGCUAAGAGCUAGUUCUUUCAGACCUUGCCUUGCCACAAUUAGCCACGCCUCUCUCCAACCUCUUGCUAAUAGCCACGCCUCUCUCCAAGUUCCUGUUAUGUAGAAGUCCCACCUCCAGAGACUGAAGAUGAAGAUGCUGAUUGGGUCAUGAGUUGCUGAAGGACUGGGGUUUUUUCUCUACCUACCUACUUGUAACAAAGAGAGCUCAAUAAUGAUGGAGGACUGAAAGCACACCAUGCCUCGGUCUCAUUUUUAACCCCUUCCCGCAUUCUGGUUCCCUUAAUUUUUCACAGGCUCUAACUCCCAUCCGUUCCAGAAGACCUGUUUGUGUGUGGCUGUAGGCAGCCACAGCACUCUUUAAAUUUGCUUUAAGAUAUUGUGUCAUGGUGCACAGUCUGCAACAUUUCUUUUGAUAACUCAGUGAGUGCUGGUUUUCAGCAGUUCUUUCUAUGAGCUAGUCAUGUGUUAGAGAAAUUUCUCUCUAGCAGAUGAUAGCUCUGUGUUUAGCUGGGCUCUGGUUGUCAGUGUCUUUGAACUGGGCACCACCCUGCACUCUCUUAGUUGUUUUGUUUGGUUUUUAAAAAGAGGGUCUAUGUAGUCCUGGCUGUGUUGGCUCUCAAUAUGUAGAUUGGGCUAGCCUUGAACUCAGAGAUCAGCCUGCCUUUGCCUCCUGAGUUCUGGGAUUAAAGGCAUGUGCCACCACCACCUGUCUCUCUGUUUUAUACUUACUAUUGACUAAGCUUGACCUCUUUUAACGUCUCCAUGGCUAGGUGUUAGUAAGCCAAUGAAGUGUGAAAUCGUAACACACACUUCCCCUUUGAUCUUUUUACUUGGAGGUCAUCACCAGUGCUGUUCUUUUUAUGACUUUCAGGAGUCACGGAAAUCCCUCCCCCCAUGCUCAUGCCUCUCUGGGAAAUGAGAGUGAUUGUGAUUCUCCUCCAUCAGACUCCUAAGUAGCUGGGAGAGGUGUCUUUUGAUGCAGAAAAACCUUUGCAACAUCAGUAUCUAGUUUUGUUUUUAAUCUUCUUUUAGGAUCUAUAAUUGAAGCUUAAGUUUAAUCACUGUCCCCUGAAAUAUCAUUAAGGACAAUAGAGAUAAAUUAGUAGUAGAUAUAGUUUUCAUAUAAAGUAAAAAAAUCAGAUAUCUUCAUUCUGCAAUAGGAAUUAAUGUGUCUUAACAUUAAUAGUUGACAGUCAGUGAAACUGUUUGUGUUGUUGGUGCUUAUUACCAGCUGUGGUGUGGGCAGAGGGAUGAGGCACUCAUGUGUUUUAGAUUUUACUUCUUUAUGGUGCUGAAAAUUGAAACCAGGGCCUUGUGCACACUAGACAAGCACUCUACCACUGGGCUACAUGACCAACCCUUAGGUGGAUUUUAGAUUAGAUAUCCCCUUAGGGCAUUUUUAGGAAAUAUAAAUAAAGUGAGAUAAAUCUUGUAUAGAGUUAAAGAAGUUUUUUUUUUUUUUUCUUUUUGGUUUUUUGAGACAGGGUUUCUCUGUAUAGCCCUGGCUGUCCUGGAACUCACUCUGAAGACCAGGCUGGCCUCGAACUCAGAAAUCUGCCUGCCUCUGCCUCCUGAGUUCUGGGCUUAAAGCUGUACGCCACCACCGCCCGGCUAGGAAGUUUUUUUUUUAAAACCUUUUUUGUUUGUUAGGUCGAAGAACUACUUUGCAUACUUACUGUGAUUUAAGCCAAUGUGAUAUUUUUAAUUUUAUAAAACAAAUAUUUGAAGAAGUAUGUCUUGCUUGGAACUUGCUGAGGACAAAUCAAACUUUGAUUUUCAGAUAGGGUGGGUGGCUCCUCUGUUCUGUAGCUGGGUUAGUAAAGUGAAAAGUAACCAUCAGUUUUUUAAAUGUCUUGAUCUUUUGUCUUAAAGUGGAGAGAAAGACAAAGUACUUGAGGAAGGAGACAGCUGUGGCUCAUACUGCAGCUCUUGGGGCUGACCAGGAAGGUCUGGCCUGAAGCCCUGGUAGCUUGGAUGACCACUUGUAGCCCUUUACUUGCUGAACUUUUUAUGUGAGAAAUUACAGUGAACUUUGUAUAUGUGAAGAUGGUUUUGUAUCAUGUUUUAUGUGCUUUGAAGACUUUUUUGUAUUUAUAAUUUACAUGUGUUAUUUUUGCCUUGAAAUACUGUUUAAACAUGAAUUUUAAAAACAAAAAUAAAAUCCCUGAAAUUUUUGGAAAAACA